CUUUUCUAUUACCAACACUUUUUUUUAUAUUUUAAUCAUGAGCGCAGGACCUAAAUUAGGUGUGAUGCAUCAUCCACACAACAGUAAUAGAACUCGAAAUGAUAUAGAAGAUAACAGUAUUAAUUCGUUUCGACUACUAUCUCCACCUACGGACUACUGUCACUACUCAAGAAAGCAGUUUGUUAAAUCGUUCACAUGGCUUGUGUUCUUGAAUGAAAAAUGGGUGCCUUUUGAUCCUAUCAACCAAACCAAACUUGAACACACCUUGACGGUUGAAGGGACCUUUGUAGACAUCACAGACAGCCACUUUCCAAACGUGAGACGAGUUCGAGUGUUUCCAAAAAAUAAUUACCUUAGUUAUCUUGGCGUCAAGUAUCGGUUAUCUCGGAUAAUGCAGCCGGAUGCUUAUUUGCAUUUAACUAAUAGUAGUCAUGACAACAGUUGUCAUAGCAAUAGUAGUUAUAGUAACAGUAGCAGCAGCAGUAGUAGCAGUAGCAAUAGUAGCAACAGUAGUAUCAGUAGCUUGAUUAGUAGUUAUACCAAAAAUGAGCCAGUAGGAAUAUGUAGUGUAGGAAUCUAAAUAAUUUCUUUUUUAUACAUAUAUAUAAAUAUAUACACAUAUAUUGUAAUUUAUUACUUUAAUAAACAUCCUUUCUUUUUCAACUUAAACGUAUAUCAAUGCAUAUUU